AUGUAUGUGAAAUGGUUUGAUACAGUAAUGUUUUACUAUGUCAUAUUCGUUUAUUAGAAAAUGACAGUUUCUAAAAUUUUUAAAUUUGCCGCCAGUUCCGGCCCCCAUACGCCCCGUACGUCCCGGCGCUCGCAUGGGCCGGACAUGGAAGGCAGAUGCCGGCAUCGGCCGGAGGAGAUGGCUGGGGAUGCGGCAGGGGACGCAUCGCGUGAGCGAAGGACAAGGUAAGCGCUGCAGGGAAUCCCUGAGCAAGGCCGCAUGGUAAGCAUAGCUCGGGGAUACCGCUUUUGCUACACUCGGGAAUACCGCCAGGGAGGUUA